AAUUUUUGAGAGUUGGGAACACUGAUAGGUACGUGCGAAAUGCGAAUUUCAAACAAUUAACAAAAGUCAAAAUUGAAAAUUAGAUUUUCUGAACAGCACGAUAUCUGAAUUUGAGUCUUAUAUUUUAUUUUUUGUUUAUCUCAACUUAUUCAUCUUCCAACGAUUAAAACCAUGUCUGGCCGUGAAGGUGGAAAGAAAAAACCACUGAAGGCACCCAAGAAGGCCUCAAAAGAUUUAGAUGAAGAUGAUGUGGCACUAAAACAAAAACUCAAAGAACAGCAAAAGGCAUUACAGGAUGCAAAAGCCAAAGCUACACAAAAAGGUCCGAUUGUUCAAGGUGGAAUAAAAAAAUCGGGCAAAAAAUGACACAAUCUAAUUUUUGUUUUAAUAGGUUAAUUUAAAAUAAGGAUAUGUAUGGUCUGAUAAUAUUGUUGCUGGCUUUAUUAAAAGUAUCAAUCUGAUUUGUCUAUACCCAAAUUUGAGAAAUACCUUGUAUACAGAUUGUUAAAUUUUUAAAUACAAAUACUGUGCAUUUUAUUAAAUUUUGUUUUCUUGUAAUAUAUCUAAUUUUUA